GCCCUGGCGGCACCGGCUCCGCGGGCCCGGGGCGGCAAGUGGCCUGCGGCCGGCCGGAGGAGGCGGGACGGCGGCGGCACGCCCCUGGGCGGGGGCGGCGCCGGGGCGGGCCCGGGGUGGAGUCCGCCCCGCCGGCGGCGAUGGGCAGCGGGACACCGGGCCAAGCUGUGGCCGGAGAGCGUCCUUCCCUCGGGCCCGGCUCUCCGCGAGCGGGACGCCACAGCAAAAUGGCGGCCGCGAGCGCGAGGCUGCACCCAGCGAAAUGGCGGGAGUGCCGGGUUCCCGGAUGGAGUGGCGCAGGGCGUGCGCGGGGCGCAUGCGCGCGGCGGUGGGCGGGGCCACGAUGCGUGGCCAGGGCCGCCGCUCCCGGUUUCCCGUUGGAGUCGCGCGAAGGCCGCGCAGGCCCGGCGCCCUCCCAGUUCCCGAACUAGGGUCCGAGAGACGCGGCCCGCCGCGCGUUCGGGCCGGUGUUUCCGGCGCUGCUCGGCGGGGUUUCUCCCAGCCGGGAAAGAGUCGGCCCAAGCGGGCCGCAGCCCCACACGUCAGGCUCCACGUGGGAGGCCCCCGCCCCCCGCCCCCCGCGCCCGGCCCCCGGCCCUCACGGGGCCCCACAGUGGACCAAGCACGUUGCCCCUCCCCAGCCCAUGGCCCUGCUCACGGAGGGGAAGCCCGGGCGGCGCGCCGCCGCUCACGCCGUCCAGAGGUGUCCCGCCGUAGCCGUCCCUGGGGCCCAGCGCCGGCCCGCGGGGAGCCCGCAGCCCGGAGGGGGGGCGGGGCUGGGCGCAGAGCAGGCGCGGGUCGCCGUGAACCCAGCGGUCCCGGCGUGCCCCGGAGGCGGGCGCGCAGGGUCGCGGCCUUCCUCCCCCACGCCACGGGCGUUCGCGCGAAGUGGGCUGGGGGCCCGUGACGCGCCCCGGCGGCCCCGGGGUCUCAACCGCGUUUG